UCUUCUGCUCAUCUGUUGCUUCUGCAUGUCUGUGUGGCUUCAGGCUGGAUGUGACCACGUGACUCAGACCUCCAGGAGGAGAUCACUUCUUCUUUCCCCACGAAGCAGCUGCUGUUCAGCUGCAGUGGAGGAGGAGGAGGGAGGGUCGCCUGCACUUUCUCUCAUGGCUUCCCCAAAUAUCUUCCAUCCUGUAUCAAAACCGCUUAUCCUAUUCAGGGUCGGGGGCGCGGGCAGGCUUCACCUGGACAGGUGUCCAUUUUCUCGCAGGUCACAUCUUGAGACCGGCAUUCUUUAACACCUCGAGAGGACGGCCCGGCGCCGGGAAUGGAACCUGAUACCGAUGCCUCUGCAGCACCGGGCAGCCCCCUCUCUUUAACGUCUGUUGUGUUCUUCAGGAUGCUUUUACUUUGUAGUUUUCUCCUUUUUUAACUAUCAGUUUACGGACAAUAACAGUAAGAAAGUACCUGAAGGUUAAUUAAAGGUUAAAGUUAGGUCGUCAAGUGAUCAACCUCUUCAUCUACUGUGUUUCCCGAUCGAUGGAUCGAUCUCUCAGCUCUGGGGAUGACGGCAGCGGUGGCGAGCGAGGCCUGCUCCACAGCUGGAGGGGCUACUCGUACAGCGUCACCCCGGAGAGGCUGCUCCUCCCUGGGCCCGUGCUGCAGGUCGCCCUGGGCAGGCGGCACGGCGUCCUGCUGGUGGAAGGAGGGCAGGUGUACAGUUUUGGGGAGUUGACGUGGAAGCAAAGUCAAGUGCCCGAGCCGGCGAAGCCCGUCCUGGAGAGCGCGCUCAGCGGCCAGCGGGUGGUCGCCGUCGCAGCCGGAAGCUUCCACAGCGGCGCCGUGACGGAGGACGGCGGCGUUCACAUGUGGGGGGACAACGCCUCGGGCCAGUGCGGCUUGUCGGGCCUCAGCACCGUCCCCAACCCCACGCCGGUCGCCCUGGUGGACGCCGACGCCGCCCCCCCGCUGAGCGUCCCGGUGCUGGAGCUGGCCUGCGGCGAGCGGCACACCCUGGCGCUGUCGGCCCAGCGGGAGGUGUGGGCGUGGGGCAGCGGCUGUCAGCUGGGCCUCAACGCCGCCGCCUUUCCCGUCUGGAAACCGCAAAAGGUCGAGCACCUGGCGGGCAGGUAUGUGCUGCAGGUGGCCUGCGGGGCCUCGCACAGCCUGGCCCUGGUGCGCUGCUUGGGCCCUCAGGACGUCCACCGCCCCCCGGUGGACAAAUGCAGACAGUGCAACCAGCUGCUGUACACGAUGACGGACAAAGAGGACCACGUCAUCAUCUCCGACGGUCACUACUGCCCACUGGGCGUGGAGCUGACUGAGGACGAGGGGGGGCUGGAGGCCCCCGCUCUGGCUCAGGGGCUCAAAAUGUCCCCGUCCGAGCCGCUCCUCCACACCUCCACCUCAAGCUCCCCAGCACCGACGACAGCCCACCUCUCUCAGGACUCUGAGAAAGAGGAUUCGGCCUUUGCCAACGGAGCGCUGACGGCCUCGGACUCCGCGCCCUCGGCUCAGUCUGCAGGCGGCGUUGCCUCCGGGGUCAAGAGUUCACCCUAUCCAGACGAGCAGGCCGUCCAAGACUAUCUAAAGAAACUGCUGGAGGCGGAGCAGAUGGCGAAGGAUGGAGGAACGCACGCUCUGCUGCUCUCAGACGGAGGCCUGACCUCCUCCUCUCCCGGCUCCACGCUCAACAGCCUGGUGGCCUCCUGCGCCUCCGCCGUGGGCGAACGGGUCGCCUCCACCUACGAGGCCCUGUCCCUCAAGAAGAUGAUGACCUACCUGCCCUCGGGCGCGGCGGGGCUCCCGGGUGUCGUGGGCGACACGGCACCGCGGCGCGUCCUCCUGGAGGUCUCCACGCAGGCCAAGAAGAGCUCCAGCACGGGGGACAUCCGAGAGGAGGAGGCGGAGGGUCUGCGGCGCCGCCUCUCGCUCCCGGGACUCCUCUCUCAGGGUAGAUACGCUCUUCACCUCUUAUCCACCUCCUAUAACCUGAUGCUGUCCCCGCGGCUGCUGAGGAAAGCCUGCCGUCCCAGGAUGCGUGCGGUCGCCCUCACCCCACUGGGGGGGGCGGUCCCCGAGGCCCACGAGGUGUUCCCCACCCUGCAGACGGAGGUGUGGAGUUGGGGCCACAGCGAGCACGGACAGCUGGGACACGGAGACAGCCUGGCCAGGUCACAGCCGCUGUGCAUCAAGAGUCUGAACGUCAAGGAGGUGGUGCGGGUGGCGGCCGGCGCUCAUCAUUCCCUCGCUCUGACCGCUCAGUCUCAGGUGUUCUCUUGGGGAAGCAACAGCUUUGGUCAGCUUGGACACAUGGAGGCCCCCAGCACGGUGCCCCGCCUCGCGAAGCUGUCCGAGGGGAUCCGGGUCUGGGACAUAAGCGCCGGAGAGAGACACACCCUCCUGCUGGCAGACGGAGACUGCUUCCGGCCCAUCAUCUAUUACAGCGGGCAGCAGGUGAAGGAGGAGAAGGAGGAGGAGAGCCAACGGGAAGAAGGGGAGGAGGAGGAGGAGGAGCAGGCGGGGCGCUACACCCAGCAGCCUGUGCUCCUGCCGUUCUGCAUGGAGCUCGGCUACGUGAGCAACGUGUUCGCGGGCGGCGAGCGCUGCGUGGCGCUGUCGGACAUGAACGUGAUGGGCUUCAUCGCCAGCCUCCACGAGCUGGCCUCGGCCGAGAGGAAGUUCUACUGCAAGCUGUGUCACAUCAAGACGCAGAUAAUCCGCCCCCUGCUGGAGCUCGAGUCUCUGAGCUCGGCGCUCGGCCAGCCGGCCGCCGGCCUCCUGGACGCUCUGGUGGGCCGCUUCAGCCUCCUGUGUCACCUGACGGGGCAGCACGCCGCCAGCCUCACCGCCAACCUGCGGCGCGUCCGCGACGUCAACAGCCUGCUGGUCCUCGACCACGCCGCCAUCUUCCUCGACUCCUACAGCGAGUACUGCAGCGCGGUGGGCAACUUCCAGGUGAUGGGAGGCUUCCACACCCUGACCAAGCCCUCGCUAGAUUUCUUCGGGAAGAGCCCCGAGCUGCUCAAGAGGCUGUCUGAGUGCAGCGAGGAGAACCCCGCCAUGGCCGACCUCCUGGUGGCGCUCUUCUACCUCCCGACUCGCCACCUGCACGAAUACGGCCGGCUGCUGCUCAAACUGGCCACCUGCUUCGAGGUGUGCUCCAAUGACUACCAGAAGCUGCAGGACAGCUGCUCCCAGUUCGAAGCGUUAGCCCUCAAGCUGAAGAGAAAAAUGAAGGACGCCGACAACACCUUUAAUUUCUGGAAGACUUUCCCCGGCAAGAUGACGGACUCCCUGAGGAAGCCUCACCGCCGGCUGAUCUGCGAGAGCAGCAACAAAGCGCUGACGCUGCAGAACGCCGGCAGGUUCUCCGUCAACUGGUUCAUCGUCUUCAACGACUCUCUGGUUCACGCACAGGGCGUGGCACCUUGUAAAAACCUUUUCUCCACCCACCACGUCUUCCCCUUGGCCACGCUGUGGGUGGAGCUCAUCCCAGAGGAGGUCACGUGCCCACACGGGCUCAAGGUGAUCACACCAGAGGAGACGUUCACGCUGCUGGCCUCCUCCCCCAUGGAGAAGACCAAGUGGCUUCGCUCCAUCAACCAGGCGGUGGAGCAGGCGCUGAGCGGGGGGGCGCAGGACGGGGGGGCGCCGGGCGGGGGGGCGCCGGGCGGCUCGGCUCUCAAGCCGGACCCCCCCGCCUCCAGGACGGCCUCGCACACUUUCUAUAAGGACGGGCGGCUGAAGGAGGCGACGUACGAAGGCCGCUGGGUCGCCGGGAAGCCCGACGGCAGUGGUGUGUUGAAAUGGCCCGAUGGGAGAAUAUACACGGGGGCGUUCAGGAACGGGCUGGAAGACGGCUUCGGAGAAUUCGUGGCUCCCAAUAAGACGCUCGACAAGAACGAUCAGUAUCUCGGUCACUGGAAAGAAGGCAAGAUGCACGGCCUCGGGACAUACAGGUAUGCCAGCGGUGAGGUCUACGACGGGUCCUUCCAGGACAGCAUGCGCCACGGCCACGGCGUGCUGCGCAGCGGCAAGCUCAACACCUCCUCCCCCAGCGUCUUCAUCGGCCAGUGGCUGCAGGACAAGAAGACCGGCUACGGGGUCUUCGACGACAUCACAAAAGGGGAGAAGUACAUGGGCAUGUGGCAGGAGCACCUGCGGCAGGGCACCGGCGUGGUCGUCACUCAGUUCGGCCUUUAUUAUGAAGGAGCCUUCAAAGACAACAAGAUGACGGGCACCGGGAUCCUCCUGUCAGAGGACGACACCACGUACGAGGGGGAGUUCUCUGACGACUGGACCCUCAAUGGAAAGGGAACGCUCACCAUGGCCAACGGCGACUACCUGGAGGGCUCCUUCAGCGGCGAGUGGGGCUCGGGCCUCAAGGUCACGGGCUCCUACUUCAAGCCACACCUGUUCGACACCGACAAGGAGAAGACCCGCGCCGUGAAGCUGGGCUCUCUGUAUGUGUGUCCGGAGGACAAGUGGCGGGCGGUGUUCGAGGAGUGUUGGAGUCGGCUGGGCUGCGAGGCGGCGGGUCGAGGGGAGAACCGGAAGGCCUGGGAGAACAUCGCCGUGGCCCUCACCACCAGCCGACAACACAUCGCAGACAGUCCGGAGACGUUGUCUCUGAGUCACAGCAGAACCCUGGAGAGCCUGGAGGUCGUCCCGACGCACGAGGGGCCGAUCACCAUGGAGAGAUACCACGCCACCCGCCUCUACCUACUCAUGGCGUGCGACACCCCGCUCCACCCGCUGGGCCGCCUGGUGGAGACCCUGGUGGCGGUCUACAGGAUGACCUACGUGGGCGUGGGAGCGAACCGCCGGCUGCUGCCUCAGGCCGUCAACGAGAUCAAGUCCUACCUCAACCGCAUCUUCCAGAUCGUCAGGUUUCUGUUCCCAGACCUGCCAGAAGAGGGCGGUCUCAUCCCAGAGCCCACGACCCCGCAGGAGCCGGGCUCCGCCGACGCCCCGCUCGCCUCCCCAAAGCCUAGCCGCGUGGCGAGCAGCUCGGCGCUGCUGCUGCCCGUGCUGCUGCCGCGGCUCUACCCGCCGCUCUUCACCCUCUACGCGCUGGAGAAGGAGAAGGAGGACGACGUCUACUGGGAGUGCGUCCUGCGCCUCAACAAGCAGCCCGACAUGGCGCUGCUCGCCUUCCUGGGCGUUCAGCAAAAGUUUUGGCCUGUUUCCUUUCCCGUCGCCAUGGCUACACCGGGGGAGAAGCAGCAGGUCCUCUCCGGCACGAAGGACGCCUGCUUCUCCUCCGCGGUGGAAACUCUUCAACAGAUCAGCACGACGUUCACCCCGUCGGACAAGCUGCAGGUGAUCCAGCUCACCUUCGAGGAGAUCACCCAGGAGGUCCAGGCGCUGCUGCAGCAGGACUUCCUGUGGUCCAUGGACGACCUCUUCCCCGUCUUCCUCUACGUGGUCCUGCGAGCACGAAUCAGGAACUUGGGGUCAGAGGUCAGCCUGAUCGAAGACCUGAUGGACCCCUGCGUGCAGCACGGAGAGCACGGCAUCAUGUUCACCACCCUGAAGGCUUGUUACUACCAGAUCCAGCAUGAGAAGAUCACUUAAGACUAGCGGGGGGCGGUACUUCCUGCUCUCCCGGCCAAUCGGAGGGCCAGGAUCAGCCGGGUGACGGAGGCGAGCGGCGGCCAAUGGGAAGCAGAGGAUCCUCUGAACAGGUUGUUGACGGCUCCAUCUGCUGCGGGACCCUCCUCUCGUGCACCUCCUCAGCGACCCGGACCCGCCUCCCAUCCCCCGACACGUCCAGAUUAAACUGUCCACGGCUCAAAGACCCCGGAGGACACGCCGAGGUCCACCGGGGGUCAUUCCUCUAGUGCCAACGGGGACGAGUGUUCUCCGGCUGCUCUGCUCAGUCGGCACGCCGGGAGAUAACGCACCUCCUGCAGAAGAAACUGUUUGAGGAGAACACCUCCUUUUUUAUCCUGCAGUGUUUCAUGACUCGUGAAAACACGUGUUCACUUUAUCAGACUGACGACGGUGUGUUUACCACACAGCUGCUCCUGUGAUCCUGUAUUAUUAAUGUAAACUGACUCGAUUAUAACUCUAAAUUAAAUUAUACUCGUUCUCAGCCGUCAGCACAAUAAAGUUAAACCCAGUUAGUGGCUGAGUUCUCCGGCUGGAUCACCGACUUGUUGACUUGUUGCACAUCACUUUUUACCAAAAUGGACUAAAGUAAAUCAAAAGGUCUUAAAGUAGAAGAAAAAGCCCAAAACGGACUGAAAGAUGAAGUUGUACUUUUUUAUAAAAUGCUAAAUGAUCCUUCUCAGAAUUAAAUAAACUCUUACAGUAUGUGUUAGACGGGCUGUUUUGGAGAUGCACGUUUUAUUAUUUUACUGGAGCCGACUCCCCAAAGCUGUCCUUGUUGGAUUUAUCGGUAACUUUUGUCUUUUUUUUUUAACCAGCGUGUUGACCGUCAGGUCCUCGUCCAACAGAAAUGAGCCUCUUGGUAUUGAUCGUUCUGCGUGAACAUUCCUCACGGAGCACCGUAUCUUCUGAUGCACCGGCCUGCCUGCUUUUAAAGAACCAAUGCGAAAGGUCAAAGGUCGCUUCACUUGAGAGCCGAGCAGCUUGAGGUGAACACGGUUAAAGACGCGAAGGUCAACGCCUGACCAUCUGGUGGCGAUGAGCCCUCCUCUUCGGGAUCGACCUCUAACUGACCCGAGGUCGUGUCUUAGAUCUGAAGAUGAUCAUAAGCUCAUGCCGGGGUCACGGACUCAUGUUGUUUACCAGUCAACAAGCAGUGGUUCAGCCGGCUGACGCGUCUCACCUGUCUCACCUGUGUGUCUUCUUCAUGUCAAAUGUAUUUAAAAAAACAGGCGGCAAUAAACUCAUUGGAUGGACGUUGCUAACUCA